AUGAAAAGGCGACCAAAAUCGACACAAAAUGUAAUCUCUGCGAGCAAAAUAUAUGUACCUUACGAAACGUGUAUAUUGUCCACAGGAUCCUAUGCAUUUAUACCGCCGAUUCCUGGUUGGGAUAAACCUGGUGUAUUUGUGUAUUGUACCAUCAAAGAUUUGACCGAUAUCAUAAGUUAUACUCCAUUAUUGAUGGCGAGACAAUUGGAUACCGUAGGAGGAAAGUGCUUCAAAAAAAUUGAAAACUUGGAAUCAAAUGUAUUCUCAGUUAUUCGUCCACGUGACGAGCUCGCUAAGGCAUCGGGGCUUUCAACACACAACGCGAUGGAGUACUUGUUGAUGCGGUAUGAUUUAUUGACUAACUUGGCCACAAAUGGUGAUAAAAGAUUCUUGGGAGGUGAUUUGUCAAGCAAACUUAAACUUUUGGGAAUGGAAAUACUUGAUGAUUGUACCUUGGUCGGUGAUACUGAUGAUUAUGUCAAACUUCACGCUCUUAUGAAAUCAAAGAAAGUUUUAACCGCCCUUCCUGGUGAACUUAUCCUUGAUGUUAAAAAUGGACAAGCUCCGAACUCCCCGAUAAAACUCAAGUGGAGGCAUUUGUAUUAUAUUCCGUUAAAUUAG